AUGAAGCUGGUGAAAGUUCCAUGGAUACGAAUAAUCAUUUUGGUAACCUUUCGAGAAACUUGCAAUUUACGUAGUGAACUCUGUGCAAACUUUGAAAUUAUGAUAAUCAUUGGUUAGGUGGAUCAUGUAUGACAGAAGCGGAAAGUAUAGCAACGAUGUUGGAAUUUUUAAUCCCUCGGUGUGAUCGGUAGGUAGAACGCGGUUGGUUACUUCUUCUCUUAGUAAUCGACCUGUAGAAGAUCCAUCGUUGUCUUCUUUUAAAGUAUCAUAUAGAUUUUGUUUAUACCAUCCUGCAAGGACAACGAAAUCGACACUACCCUAGAGAGAAACUCUUCUUUCUUCUCGAGAAGAAAGGUUGGCCUGAGAAAGCUGACUUUUGGCAUUUCAUUUUUUAACAUGUUGAACAUUUUCGGAGAUUGCUGGUAAUAUUUUUCAGAUCCCUCGAAUACCAACAUUCUCCAGAAGGGUGAGUUUCUUUUUUUGGUAAAUAAUCGAACAACAAAGAACAACAUUUUACUUAAAUCUUGCAGACAUCGCAGGUGCAAAUCCUGUUUGUCGUUUGUGGAAAAGCAAAAUACGUUUUUUUAAAAUGCAUUUAUAACGUAUUACAUUAAACAAUGGUACGUUAAUAAUACAUUUAAUAAUGCAUCGAACAACGUCGAUUAAUUACCGCGUUAAAUAUUCACUGUGCCAUUUUUAAUGUAUCACGGUGAUUGAAAAUUUGAUGUUUGACACUUGCAGCGUUUUCAAUUAAUGGCUGUUACAUUUAUUUUUUCAUUUAUUUUCUGAAGGUUGAAGUUACGAAUUGGAGCGACGAGCCGGGACCAUAGUCACAAGGAAUGUGGGAAGAUGAACGAUGACAAAAAAUAA